UGAGGAAGUGGUGAUGAUGUGAAAUGCAUGGGUGUGGUUGGUGAGCAGUCGCCCCCAUCAGCCUUUCAGAAGUCACAUUCAGAGAGAGAAGUAUUGUGGACGAGGAGGCUGCGGAUUCAUCUCUGGACUGCAGCAGCUCACAGGAUGGAUACUAAGAUUUAUUUGGCUUCCCUGACCUUCCUGGUUGUCAUGUGUAAAGUGUCGAGGGCUCAUGCUCCCACAACCCCAGAUCAAAUGGAGUCCGUGAGCGGCUAUGUGGAAAACUUGAAAACAUCACCCACUGCUCUGAGUCCCACUGGAAGAAGAGACGGAAGCAGACAAGACGUCGACUCCUCCCCGGGAACUUCCCCUGCCGAGCAGACCACAGACCGGCGCAUCAGCACCAGCAACCCAGUGAAACUCACCAUCACCACAUCAGCUCCCAAAAACAAAACAACAAUGCCACACACAGAGGUGACAUCCACUCCAGCCUCCAAAGUGACAUCCUUCCGAUCCGUGACGGAGAGAACCACCAAAAAUGAGACCCAUCAAGCAGUUGCCUGCGAUACGAAGUGUGAUCAAGAUUUCACCUAUGAUUAUCAGUCCCUGCGGUUUGCUGGACUGUCCAUUGCAGCAAUACUCUUCAUCAUGGGCAUAAUGGUCAUUAGCUGUGGCAAGGUCUGCCGGCUGCCCAAGUUUCACAAGAGGUCAUCAAAGUCAUAUCAUGUGGUCCAAGGAUGAAGAGAAAGAGAGAGAGAGAGAGAGAGAGAGAGAGCACGCAUACAGUGACAUGAGGACAGAGCGGCAAUAAGCUGGUCAGGAGUCCAUCAGCAGGAAAACACUCCAACCAAUACCUAGCAACGUGUGUGUGCAUGUGGACUCGAACCAUGCAGACACGUGAAACAGUGGGACCAUCAACAGCUUCAUUUCUGUCCCUUUUUUUCUUCACUUUGCAAAAGUACACCAAAAAAGUAAAGUGAUUAUUUGUCUUGACAAAUAAUGAAAAGAUUAUUCGUUAUUGUACUCACACCUUCAGCGACGAUGAAAGCUGGAGUUUCAUGACCUUUCUAUCUUAUAGAGGUCGCUGAUACAAACAGCCAUCAGCAUCGGUGCCUCCACAGCCGGGGUUAUUAUUAAAGGUUAUGCAGAAUAACCCCAUGGCGUCCCAUAUUUGACGAUGUUGCACAACACUUGUGUUCUGCCGGGAUCUAAAAAUGAAGCUGGGUCACUUCUUCUCCCCUCAUACCCUGCAAUUUCAAUCUGAACGAAAAACGUGAUGUUGAGUAAGCGGUGUCAAAUCCUCUUAGUGGCUCUAUGCUUGUAAGUGAAUUAAGCCCUAGAUUAAACAAGAUCCACUGGCGCAUUAUCGUUGCAUCCACAUGGCAUCAAAAUGAUGGAAACAACAAACCGGGAGGAAACCAAGCAAAUUUAUUAACGGGGUUUAAUGCUAAAAAUAAACACAAUGCAAAGUUCAGUAUAGCUACAUAAUAUCGCAAUCGCUGUCUUAAAUUGCUACCAGAACAAAAUCGAGGCUACUUCAGCUUUGCAAAUGGAGUCAGUUCAUUGAUCUUGUUUAUCACAAACUUUGUAAAUUAUUAUAUGAUGAAAAGCUACUAUGAAUGUCCUUGACACAAAUAAUACAUAUGGGUUGAUCUGCAUAUAGACAUACGUACUUAACAUUACGUCCAGAUUUAAAUUUUUUUUUUUGGCUGCACUAAAUAUUACAAAAAAUUAACAUAAGAGUUAUGGGCCAAUAACUGACUGCCGCCCCCAACUUUUAUACACAGAACUUAUGAAUGAACAGUGAAGAGAAGACACUGCCCCUUUAACUCAACAUUAAAAGACAAUUUAGUCAAAUAUAUUUUCCAUCAAGGGACCUUAUGCAAAUGCAUAGAUCAGUAAAUCUGAAAAUACAUAGAAUAUAUUAUAUUAAAAGCUAGAAUACUUAACAUAUGGUCAUACAAUUUUUUGAGCACUGACAGAAAUAGAAUCAGAUUUUUUUUAAAUGAAUCCACGUACAUCACGCUGAGAUAGAAAAAAAGCUCAACUACAUACAGUAUGUUACAGUAGAUUUACAUGAGAAGUGUCACAGCAGAGAGGCGUUACAAGAAAAUAAAAAGAUUGCGGACCAAAUACUGUAUUUUUUUUUUAAUUUUCUGGAUUUCUACAAAAAGAAGGCUUUCGUGCAUUCAGAUGUUGCUACACUGUGUUGCUUUGGUCUGACAGAAAUAUGAUUAAUGACUAUACAAACAUAAAAAACUGAAAUGUUU